AUGACUGGGCAGCCCCCGAUUUUAGAAAGAGUGGGUUCUCCGGUGCACCAUAUCCAGACUAGCUUCGUGAAGACCCUGACGGGCAAGACCAUCACGCUCGAAGUCGAGUCGAGCGACACCAUCGACAAUGUCAAGUCCAAGAUCCAGGACAAGGAGGGCAUUCCGCCAGACCAGCAGCGGUUGAUCUUCGCCGGCAAGCAGUUGGAGGAUGGCCGGACGCUGAGCGACUACAACAUUCAGAAGGAAUCGACUCUCCAUCUCGUCCUCCGUCUCCGUGGCGGUAUCAUCGAGCCGUCUCUCAAGGCUCUGGCUUCCAAGUACAACUGCGACAAGAUGAUCUGCCGGAAGUGCUACGCACGCCUGCCGCCGCGAGCAACCAACUGCCGCAAGAAGAAGUGCGGCCACAGCAACCAGCUCCGCCCGAAGAAGAAGCUAAAGUAG